AUGGCUAGUAUAAAGGGUUUGAGUUAUUGGCUUUGGAAGCCAAUUACUCCACUUAACUUCUUGGAAGAUAUGAGGUCUGAUGGAGAGACAGGUGGUGAAACCAAGCCAUUAACCAUCCUGCUGCAAAGAAAAAAUGAUACUCUGGGAUUCAAUAUUAUAGGAGGACGACCCAGCCAGAACAAUCAGGAAGAAUCUUCCAGUGAAGGAAUUUAUGUCUCAAAAAUUUUGGAAAAUGGACCUGCUGACAAGGCAGAAGGCCUGCAGAUUCAUGACAAGAUCAUGGAGGUCAAUGGGAAGGACCUCUCCAAGGCCACACACGAAGAGGCAGUGGAAGCUUUUCGCAAUGCCAGGGAGCCAAUUGUAGUUCAGGUUUUACGGAGAGCACCCAUUAAUAAAGCACAUAGUUGCCCACAGGAUGUGCAGCUUGUGGAUGCUAGCACCCAGACUGACAUCACCUUCGAGCACAUUAUGGCUCUGGCCAAGCUUAGGCCAUCCACACCUCCAGUACCUGAUAUCUGCCCUUUUUUACUUUCAGACAGCUGCCAUUCGCUUCACCCAGUGGAGCAUGAAUUUUACGAAGGUAACGACUAUCUUUCCAGCCUGCCUGCUGAUGCAGAUAGAACAGAAGACUUUGAGUAUGAGGAGGUUGAGCUCUGUCGUGUAAGCAGUCAAGAGAAGUUGGGGCUGACUGUCUGUUACAGAACGGAUGAUGAGGAAGACACAGGAAUCUAUGUCAGUGAGGUUGAUCCAAAUAGUAUUGCUGCCAGAGAUGGCCGGAUCCGAGAAGGAGACCGCAUUUUGCAGAUAAAUGGCCAAGACAUCCAGAAUCGAGAGGAGGCAGUGUUAUUGCUCUCCAGCGAUGAAUGCAAGAAAAUUGUGUUGCUGGUUGCAAGACCUGAGAUGCAGCUGGAGGAAGGGUGGCUGGAUGAUGAAAGGAACGAGUUCUUAGAGGAGUUAAACUUAGAAAUGUUGGAAGAACAGCAUAAUGAAGCGAUGCAGUACACAGCCAAUGAGGUGGAGCAGCCAAAGAAGCAUGAGGAAGAGGAUGGCACAACAGACACUGCAACUUCAUCAUCCAACAACCAUGAGAAAGACAGUGGAGUGGGGCCCACAGAUGAGAGUCUACGUAAUGAUGAGAGCUCGGAGCAGGAGAAUGCACCUGAGGAGCAGAGCACUGCUGCCCUACAAAGCAAGCGGGAGCUGGGCCAGAGCCAAGAUACUUUAGGAAGUGUUGAACUCCAGUGCAAUGAAAGCUUUGUGUCUGGGGAAUAUAUUGAAUCAGAUUUUGUUAGAAACCAAGAUGAGGACUGUGAAAGGUUUCGGCAACUCCUGGAACUCAAAUGCAAGAUUAGAAACCAUGGUGAAUAUGACCUAUAUUACUCAAGCAGUACAAUAGAGUGUAACAGAAAGGAACAAGAUGGGGUAGAGCAUGAGCUACAGUUACUCAAUGAGGAAUUGAGGAAUAUUGAACUCGAGUGUCAGAACAUUAUGCAGGCUCACAGGCUUCAAAAGGGGAGGGAUGAGGAUGGAGAUAUUUGGGCCUUACAUGAUGGAGGAUUCAGGAAUUAUAACACCAGCAUAGAUGUACAAAGAGGUAAACUGGAUGAUAUCAUAGAGCACCCUGAGAAAUCUGACAAAGAUAGCUCCAGUGCUUACAACACAGCAGAAAGCUGCAGGAGCACUCCACUGACUGUUGACCGAUCUCCUGAUAGCUCACUCCAGAGAAUGAUCAGCAUCACCAAUAGGAAAAACCUGAGAAGUACAAUUGUAGCUAACCAGUUGUCUUCUGGACAGAGUAGCAGAGAGGCAACCCCAACCAAAACUACUGAGCAAAGCAGUACUGUUGAAGAUAAGGUAAUGGUUUCAGAAAGCGGCAAAUUCACAGACCAGGAGAAGCAAAGCACUGAGCACAUUCCUUACCUAUCUCCAUAUCACAGUUCAUCAUACAGAUAUGGGAAUAUACCUGCACACGCAAAACAUUAUCAAAGCUAUAUGCAGCUGAUCCAACAGAAAUCUGCUGUAGAGUAUGCCCAAAGUCAGCUCAGCCUAGUGAGCAUGUGCAAAGAUUCAUCGAAGUGUACAGAACCGAAGAUGGAAUGGAAAGUGAAAAUAAGAAGUGAUGGAACAAGAUAUAUCACAAAGAGACCAGUACGAGACAGAAUCCUGAAGGAACGUGCCUUAAAAAUUAAAGAGGAGCGCAGCGGAAUGACAACGGAUGAUGAUACAAUGAGUGAAAUGAAAAUGGGACGUUACUGGAGCAAAGAGGAGCGGAAGCAGCAUUUGGUGAGAGCCAAGGAGCAGAGGCGGCGGCGAGAGUUCAUGAUGCGGAGCAGGUUAGAGUGUCUUAAGGAAAGUCCACAAAGUGGCAGCGAGGGCAAAAAAGAAAUUAACAUUAUUGAACUCAGUCACAAAAAGAUGAUGAAAAAGAGGAACAAGAAAAUUUUGGACAACUGGAUGACAAUCCAAGAACUAAUGACACAUGGUGCUAAGUCUCCAGAUGGCACAAGAGUGCAUAAUGCCUUUCUAUCAGUUACUACUGUAUGAACACAACUGUUUCAAAGAGUAUACUACCAGUUUAGGUAGAGUCUGAUUGCCUCGUUCAAUGUGGCAUUUUUAUAUAUUUUGUGACUGUUUAUAGUUUGGCCUUUUUUGUAAGCAAAAUAACUUGGUAAUUUUCAUUUGUUUUUCAUAUAAUGGUACCUUCCUUAGCGGGCAAUCUUUCUUUACCAUGCAAUAUAUUCAUAAUAUUCAUUUGUAUAAAAAAAAGAAAAGUAAACAAAAAAAUGGAGGAGCCACUCAAUUUCUUACUUUAAUGUAUGUAUUGUAAGUUAAGAUCUGGAUUUAUUUCUAUAGUUUUCUUUUUUCUACUUUAGUAAAAAUCCAAUACCAAAACAAAAUGUUUUAUACAGUAUCCUUGCUUCUUGGCAUAACAAGUUGUUAAACUUUUACAUGUUAAAUUGCAUCUGUUAAUAAGUCAUGUCCUACAUCCCCUCAUACGGAUCAGAAUGACCUUUUCCACCAACACACUGUACAGAACAUUUAACCUGUAAAUUGCAAUUGUAUUUGUCCAAGUAAAUGUAGGUGGGCAAUUCUCCUGUGGUAUGUAGUGGCAUUCUUCAUGUAGCUAGGUAAUAUGUGAUAAUUG